AUGCCCGUUCACAACCAGAGACCUCUUCUUCCUGCCACGCAGCGGCCACCUCCGUCACCUCCUCCUGCUGUCGCGCAGAAACGUCGACGCGUAACCGUGGCAUGUAAAGCGUGUCGAACCAAAAAGCUCAGAUGCUCUGGUGAGCAACCCAUCUGUGCACGAUGUACAGACCUCAGCCAGCCAUGUGAAUACCCAGUCGAUGGCGGCAAUAACAACCGUCAAGUUGCAUUGAAGAGACAGUACAGUCAGAUAGAGAGCGAAAGAGAUCAGCUGCGUGAUUUAUAUAAUCUGAUUCGAACGCUACCCGACCCUGAAGCACAAGAGAUAUUUCGACGUCUCCGUACUAGUGCAGAUCCGCUCCAGGUUUUGCAAGCUGUGAAAGACGCGAACACGUUACUCCGGAACCCAGAUUCCACAUCCCCUAUCGUUGCGCAUCUACAGGUUCAUCAUAUAGACGUUCAAGCUCUUCGCUUAAGCGCCAUGAGAUUGCGCGGACGGCCAUGGACGCGUGUUGCUGGCGAUGGUUUAGUUUCAUCUCUGAUUUCUUCAUAG